UUCGGCCACUUUGGUUCGAGAAGAGUUCUGGAACGUCGUUAGUAUGAGUAUUUUGUUCUUUUUAGGAUGCCGCACUGUGUACUUUUUUUACCGAUAAACAAUUACUCGAAGAUGCCAAAAUCCAUGACGUCAUGACGAGCCGAUGCGGGAAUUUCAGGGUGGCGUCACCACCAGUCUUCAGAUAUUUAGGUCUUUCGUGCCUUUAGAAGCUUCCUCUCGCGGUAAGUGGCUGUUUUGCUACCGUAUGAGGAUGAAGAGACAUGGGAAAGGUGGGGAGGCCAACCAGAUGCGCGUCCAGUUUGCUACCCUGACACAGGGAAAAGAGGGGUUAAAGGAUGAAAAUAAAUUAGAGAGAGGGAAGCAUUGGCAAAACGAACACAUGGGGCUGCCCAUCACGUGCACAAUUGGUCACCAAGGUCAGUCGGUUUCAUAAAGUGAGUUAAGCGGCUCGUGGGGUAAUACUCUCUAAACGUAUCCAUUCCUCGCGCAGAGUAUAAGCACAUGAAGCAGGUAAACAGCAAAAAAAAAAAAAAAGAAGAAAGACAAGCGCCAGAGAUCGCGCUUCUCUUGUCUGCAUCCUUGUUCCUGUUCUCCUGUUUCGCGUUCUUCUGCUUUGCGUCAGGAACCGAUACGUUUAGUGAGCCCAAGCACCAACUUCCCCAUGAGCAAGUUCUUUUGGAGUAUCAUGGGGUCAUAGUCUAAGAAUUUUGUCUAGGAAAAUGGUAUACGAUCUAGCCCGUUGGCGCAUGCAGUCCUGAGGAUGUCGCGUUCGGCAGAAACGCACUUUACUAACGCAGCUUACUUUAAUAUUCUUCGUUUACCCGCCGCGGUGACUUAGCGGCUAUGGUGGUGCUGCGGGUUCGAAUCGCGGCCGCGGCGGCCACAUUUCGAUGGGGGUGAAAUGCAAGAACGUCCGUCUCCCGUGCAUUUGGGGCACGUUAAAAAUCUCCUGGUGGUCAAAAUCAAUCCGCAGGGCCCCACUACGGCGUUCCUCGUAAUCAAAUCGUGGUUCUGGCACGUAAAACCCUAGAAUUCAUUCAUUCAACGUUAUUCGUUUAGUGUCCCUUGAAUGGAGUUGUUGGUUCGUUGUGUACUUAAAAACUUGCUUACUCUAUAUUGUCGAUUAGGUCAGUUUUAUACGCUUACGGCAAAACGAGGCAUACGCAGAGGAAAAAGACAGAAGCGGACACGGUACGUGAUAAGAGACGGAAUUACUAACAAUAACGACUGCGAAAUCCGGCAGCGAGAUGUGGUUGCGAAACGCUUCAAGCGGGCCUCGCAGAAGCUCACAAACCGUCUAAAACUUCGGUAGCAACAAAAACGACUUCGGUUAGGUUUUUGUUGUGUGGGAUAGGGGGCUUUUAUUGCUUUUCUUUUUGUCUGUGUCGAUUGAUUGUCGCCAGCCGUCAAAAAUACUCUCAAAGCGUUGUCAUAUUGCAACGUUGCUUCCGCGCUAGCAUUCUUUCUUUCUUUCAAGGAAGCGCUGUGAGUGUUUUGCUGAUUUGCCACCGGUGGGCGCGUGCGGCGACGCUUCUAUUACUCUCUUGAUGCUAACGCAGGCUGCUCAUGCGGGCAUAUAUGCACACAGAACAGCUCUGCCGGCAAGUCGCACGUGCGAGCUUGCGCCGCCGGAAAGCGAAAACAAACCGAACAAAGAACAAAAGCAUUUGUGGGUCACGGUUUCCUGCUCGUCAGCGAGACGAGGCUUGAGCGCACAGCACACACACGUUGCGCGACGUGCCUGCCGCACCUCGACGUCGCCGCAAACGCCGAACGCAUGCGCGCAGCUGUUCGCGCCUCUUCGUUGAAAAUGGCCGCGGACCAGGGCGUGUGUUCCGGCAGAGAAAAAUUUCCGUCGUCGCUGACGUGCUUGUGAGAGAGGAACUGCGUCUUCCUCGGAUUCAACCGCGAUUCUCAGUGCCGCCUAAGGAGCGCGGAGAAGCUGAGAAGGCACGAUGGACUCGCCUCGGAGUUGGGCGGUCGCCGCGGCGUGCUGCUGGAUAAACGUGUUCACUUUCGCCCUGGUCCGCUCGGCUGCCGUGGUGUACGUGGCGCUGCUGCAGGCUUUUCCGGUGACCAGAGAGCAGGCGUCCUGGCCCGUCAACCUGUCCGUCGUCUGUUACUUCCUUACAGGUCCUAUCGCUGGCGUGCUCGCGAGGUACAUCCCCAUUUGGAAGCUGACGGUAAUAGGAUGCCUCGGUGGUUCGCUGGCCGUGUGCGUUUGCGUCUUCGCACAGUCGAUGAUCUUCCUGGACAUCUUCCUUGGCGUCACCCACGGGACGUGCAUCGGCCUGCUGGCUCUCUUCAGCGUCGUGAUCAACCAGCACUUCUACAAGUACCGCGCCAUGGCGUCCGGAAUCAGCAACGCGGGCUUCACAAUCGGAGGUCUCAUCUUUCCUCCCGUCAUACAGUCGCUCGCAGACUACUACGGCAUUCGCGGUGCUCUUCUACUCGUCGGCGCCCUCAUGCUGAACUCGGUGGCAGGAGCUUUUCUGCAGCGCACUACGCCGAAAGAGCAACCGGAACCUCCACUCAGGGGCGAUGACGCGCCCAGCACCGGCGAUACGCUGCAAUGUCCAGAGGAAGAAGACGCCAUGAUAAAAAGGCGCGAGGAAUUCGAGGAUAAUAGCCUCCGCGGGAACGUUGCAGCGGUCACCGAAACUGAGUUUUCUGAUGCAAUGGAUGAGCCUGGGACAGACGGAGCUGGCGAAGCCAACGGAGUUCAUUUCCAAAUCAAGAGUUCAGGGACGAAAGGACACGAAGUGGACAGUGAUGAGGAAGAUGACAGCGCGAAAUUACGAGUGCUGGUUGCCCAAGGUUCCAGCCAGCCAAAAGCUGUUAAGAAUCUUACGCCGGGCAUCGCAAUAAAGAAGGGCGCACCAAGUCGCAAGAGAAGUCCGCUGCUAUCGUUCUUACUGUUUCCAGCGUUCUAUCUGAUUUCAUUUUCGUUGUCGAUAAUACUGUUCAAUAUGAGCACAUACAUGACCGUCAUUGUUGACUUUGCUGUGGACCGUGGCGUUUCCAAGUGGAACGCCGUGUACCUGAUAUUUGCCUACGCCGUAGCUGAUCUGCUGGCCAGACUUGGCUCCGGCUGGAUUACGGACAGAAAGUACCUGCUCAAGAGCACCAUGAUGGGCUCGCACUUUGUGCUGUGGGGCGCCUCGCUCUACGUGAUGCCGUUAUGUAGCCAGUACUACUGUCACGUUGCCCUGUCCGUACUGUCCGGUUGGUGCAACGGCUCGACACUAAUACUCAUUGCGGUGUUCUUCAUGGAAUUAGUGGGCAUCGACAAACUGGGCGUCUGCUUCGGCAUCGCGACAACGUUCGCAGGGCUCCUGGGCCUCGCGAGACCAUCGCUUAUAGGUUUAUACAGAGACGCCCACGGAGACUACGAGGGCCUUUUCGGUCUCAUCGGCGGCGUGUCGUUGGGCAUGUCCCUACUGUGGCUGUGCUAUUACGUGCAAGAACGGUGCGCGUCACGUAGAAAGCGAGAACCUUCAUCGUGGACUUGGCCAAAGCUGGCAGCGAUCUUCACAUCGGAGGAAAAGAGCUGGAGUUAGGGCGAAUGUGGAUUCGCCAGCCACCUUCAUUUGUUCUCUCGCGUUUCACCGGUGAAAAAAGAGUGCAUCAUCGUAAAUAUCUUCGCGUCCGCCAGUUAAUUGUCUUUGCGACGUUGCGCCCUAACGGCACAUUCGAGUGGUCGUCUUAGACCGCGCUGGUAAACGCUACAUAGGUCGUUCAAGGCAACAAAUAUGCGUUACUGCUACCAUCAGGCAGAGAGAGAGGGAGAGAUAAUAAUGAAGCCAAAUUAUUGCUAUUAGUACUGCGAUAUGCUAUCCUUCGCUCUAAGAAAAAAUGUACACCCUCUCGGUCGUGCGUAUGUAACCCUCAAACAACAAUCGCCAUCUGUCCUGCUUGCUUGCUUUUCCUUCCUUUAAAACUCUGCGCGCGCUGCUUUCCUGUCAAGAAGCCUGUGUCACGUAGACACGCGUAUGUCGUUUGCAACCUGAAAGUACCGGGCACACAGCGUUAAAGAAAGGAAGCUUGGUACCCUGGAUAUAUGACGGUUAUUGUUCGGGAAAGAGAUAAGGCCCAAAGACGUCGAAACUCUUAUUACUGUGGGGACUGUCAGAUUUCAGCAUAUCGUCAAAGUCGGGCACCAUGUUUUCGUUUUGAGCCAAUCAUAGCUCACAAGAUGGCGAAUUUGACAGUGUAUAUAUAUGGCAGCUCCUGAUGGUGUCAUACAUAUCUGCCUAUUCUCGCAAUACAUGCUUCAAAGCUCUCGUUCA